GUGAAUGUUGGUGUUAGAUUCUGGGUUUGAACUUUGAAGUUUUCCUUGUUUACACAGAGGGAAAGGAGUUGAAGAUUUGAGUUUUGGGUAUUCUAUAAAGGACAAAGAUUUAAUUUUUCUUGAGACUUGUAUUCAAUGUUUGCUUCUUUGGUGGUUGGGCCUCAUGAGUGUUCAUAUUUGAUGCAAUUAAGGUGAAGAAAGACGAAAGAUAUAUGUUUGAACUGUGACAAACUUCGUAGCAUGGACUCCCAUCAAUUUUUUGGAUAUGGUAUAAAUGGAGCGGAUUUUGCAUACUCUUCGUAUCCCGAUAUUGCUUCAAUACCUACUAGGCAUAUUGGAUCGUUAAAAUUCGACUCAAGAACUUCCCCGAAUUCGCCUUUUGCAACUCACUUCGAUCCUCAGACCCCGACCUCUCUAAGCGACAGCCAGGAGCAACAGAGCUCCACUGAUAAUCUUUCGGGAAUCAGUGCUUCGAGCAAUUCUCUACUGGAUUAUAGCAGUUACCUCCAAGAAAGUCUGCUAAUUCCUUCGGGUUCGACUUCUUUUCAUCGUAAUCAGAAGGGAAAACAUGUUUUAUGGCAGCACCAAGAACCAUUAGGCCAGAAGUCUAGGUCUUGGAGCCAGGAAGGGCAGAUUUCGGGCCUGAUUGAGUUUCAGCCGUCUCGUGUCUCGUCGAUUGGAAAACCCGAUGGGAGUGUUCAUAGCCUAAAACGCUACAAAACCGUGCAGGACUUUCCCUUGCAGGGUGUUCCUCAGGGCAAUAUAAAACAGCUUCUCAUUGCGUGUGCUCGGGCUCUACUUGCUGAAAAUAAAGACCAUUUCGAUAGACUGGUUGAAGAAGCUCGUGUUUCUGUGUCCAUCACCGGGGAUCCUAUUCAGCGCCUCGGGGCUUACAUGAUAGAAGGGCUAGUUGCGAAGAAAGAGGCAUCGGGGGCCAACUUUUAUCGGGGUUUGAAGGGUAAAGAGCCAGCGGGGAAGGACUUACUCUCCUACAUGCACAUCUUGUAUGAAUUGUGCCCUUAUCUGAAGUUCGGUUAUAUGGCUGCGAAUGGUGCCAUAGCAGAUGCGUGCAGAAACGAAGACCGAAUCCACAUUAUCGACUUCCAAAUCGGGCAAGGGACUCAAUGGAUGACUCUUCUACAAGCACUUGCUGCAAGGCCUAGCGGUGCCCCUCGUGUGAGAAUCACGGGGAUUGAUGACCCGGUUUCACAAUAUGCUCGGGGAGAUGGUUUAGCAGCCGUGGGGAAACAGCUAGCUGCGAUAUCCGAGAAGUUCAGUAUCCCGGUUGAGUUUCAUGCGGUGCCCGUUUUCGCUCCAAAAGUCACCCGGGAUAUGUUGGAUAUAAGGCCCGGCGAGUCACUGGCUGUGAACUUUCCUUUUCAGCUCCACCACACCCCCGACGAGAGCAUAGACAUGAACAACCCGAGGGACGGUCUUCUUAGGUUCGUGAAGUCGCUUUCCCCCAAGGUAGUCACUUUGGUGGAGCAAGAAUCGAACACGAACACCGCCCCGUUCUUCCCGAGAUUCUUAGAAACUCUCGACUACUACUCAGCAAUCUUCGAGUCAAUAGACGUGACCCUAGCAAGGGACAAGAAGGAGCGCAUCAACGUCGAGCAGCACUGCCUGGCACGAGACAUCGUCAACGUCAUAGCUUGCGAAGGCCAGGAGAGGGUCGUGCGCCACGAGCUAUUAGGCAAGUGGAAAUCCCGGUUUACAAUGGCGGGGUUUCGCGAGUACCCUCUCAGCUCCUACGUUAACUCGGUAAUUAAAAGCCUCCUGAAGUACUACUCCGAGCACUACACGCUCGUGGAGAAAGACGGGGCCAUGCUGCUCGGGUGGAAACAGCGCAACCUCAUCUCCGCUUUGGCUUGGCAUUGACAAACAAACAAACAAACAAACAGACAGACAGGUACAGAAAAUCUCGGAGGCAUCCAUUGAUCCAUAGAUGUCUUGUUUCUAGCACACACUAGGUUGGAAAACAAAAGGAAUAAACACUCUUCUGGUAUGACUAUACUAUACAGAGAUAGAGCAGCAUGUAUACAAGGUUUUCUUGAUGUAACAUAAAACAUGAUGUUGGUACUACUUUGAUUUCUUGGUUGUUUUUAGUCAUAUCAGUUAUAUAUACUUUUACAGAUA